AUGGAGAGAGUUGCUACGACGCAGAUGGUUUAUUACCUGGUGAUAGCCACUGCCGUUUUUGCCUUCUUUUUACCUUUCUGGGCAAGAGUUACCCUCGGCUUGUCUCAAGGAAUUACGCCAAUGAUGGCAACGGUGUCAAUCAACGUGAUCGGAAUUGUCAUAUCGUUCUUGCAAUUAUUGUUCCGAUCAUAUACUGAGCCCAUGACCAUUCGAUACUGGGAGUCGUCUCAAAACUACCGUUGGAAGAAUGGACUCAAGAGAAAGAUCUCAUCUCCAAUUGCCAUUCCUCAGGACGAAUAUCCUCUCUUUGAUGACAGCAUCAAUAGCAUGCACAAAGGCACGAAUACUCGAAAGGGCUUUUUCAACAGGAUGGAUAUCGAUAAAUCCUUACCCCCGACACCUACCAUCAGACAAAAUUCCAACAUCAAAGGCAAUAACAGCAGAAAGACAUCCUAUUCGAUUUUUCCAACGAAAGCUAGUGCUCGCAAGCCCAAAUACCCAGCUUCGAGCAUCUAUGAAGAUGAUAUAUUUCUUGUACCGCCGCGCCCUGCAUUUGCAGCUCAUAAUCGAAAUUCAUCCGACGUCAGCCAUGCUACAGUGCAAAUCGGAUUCCGUCUAAGCAAUCUUGAUCGUCCUCCAUCAGGAUUAGAGAAUCGUGACCCAUCAUCAGCGGCGACUGCUUCAAGGACCUUUUCCCGCUUUCUCGCUCCUCCAUCCUUUUCAAUCUCAAACACAAACUCAAACAAUCACAUUUCAACAACCUCCCUUGACGUCCCGGUCACACUCCGGUCUCCAGCCACAGAACGUCCCAAUGUGACCUUUCCUUCUCCGACAGUAGCAUCGCCAUCAAGACUAAGAUCAAGCACACUCCCCGCCCCAACACAAUCCAUUACCAGCGGCGGCGCAAGAUCACCAGGCGUCUACAGAAAGCUAGACGAUUUGCAAAAGCUGCUCGAAGUGGAUCUGCAAGCUGCUCAGAAAGCGGCUGCGGACAGUGAGGCAUGGCCGCUGAGGGACUCGUUGCCGGGGUUGUUGCCCAAGUCGACAUAUCGUCCUGAGUGA